UUGGUGAACGAAUGCGGUAACGCGCAUCUGAAUAACUGUAGUCGUUUUGCUGAGUGCAUCGACAGGGAAGACGGCUAUGAAUGCCGCUGCAAGGCAGGUUAUCAUGACAACAAUCCAGCAAAACCGGGAACUGACUGCACAUUCAUCAUCAACGAAUGCGAAUCGCCGAAUCUGAAUAAUUGCGAUAGACAUGCGAAAUGUAUCGACACGAAAGAAGGCUAUCGAUGUGAAUGCAUACCGCCCUACAAUGAAUGCAAAAAUGCCAGCGCAAAUGAUUGUGACAAGAAUGCGAUUUGUACAGACACAGAUGACGGCUAUACAUGCCACUGCAAGCCUGGCUUCUACGACAGUGGCCAAGAUCCAAGAAAACCAGGAAGAACAUGUAUCGCGCUAACAACGGGUCAAACGUCGCAAGCAGAGCCGACAACCCUUUCGCCAAAUUUGCUGCCCUGCGGCGCGGAAUUCUGCCGUCUGGAUCGUGGCGAAGUAUGCAUUGGUGGUGCCUAUUGUGGUUGUCGUCCUGAACAGGGACGCAGUUCGCCGACCGAUAAGUGCAUACCUGUUGAGAAAGUACCAAUUGAAAUUCGGCUUGUAAGCGAUGGAAGCAAUCGCCUUGUGUACAGUACCGAUUACAGCAGGCCGCAGUCACAGCACUACGUGGAGAUUGUUGAUAAAUUUAUCAAAGAUCUGGGAGCAACAAUCAAAAACACACCAUUUGGACCUCAUUAUGUCACCACGGAUGUGAACUACAUCACCAAUCCAAAAGUCAAAAAUAGGAAGGAGGAGCCGAAAGGCUUUCCGUGCGGUGCAAUGUUUUGUCAGGAGAACCUUGGAGAAGUAUGCAUCGCAGGAAGACUUUGUGGUUGUCCAUCAGGACAAAAACGAGCCGGUCCCGGAGAAAAAUGCCGUCCGGUAAAUUAUGUGAAAUUUUUCACCAUAAUUAGUUACUGAAA